AUGGUGGAGUCGCUGAGCAUCGCCGUGAUCGGAGCCGCCGCUGUGGGCAAAACUUCCAUCAUCCGCCGGUUCGUGUACGACGAUUUCUCCGACACCUACAGCCCGACACGCGCGCGCCGCGUCUACAGACCGUCCGCCAUCCUCAACGGCCACAUGUACGAGCUCAAGAUUUUGGAUGUCCCGCCAAUCGCCGCCUUUCCUUCCAGCCCUGCGCAGGAGUGGCUGGAUGUGCGUUGCAGAGGGGUGCGUAACGCCAGCGCCUACAUCCUGGUCUACGACAUCUGCUGCAUCGAGAGCUUUGAAUACGUCAAGAUGAUACGACAGCAGAUUGUAGAUAACAGGUGAAGUUUGGUUGGCAGUAGUGACGUUCCCAUCCUGGUGGUUGGCAGUAAGAGAGAUCUGCAGAGGCAGCGUUUUGCUCAGCGCCGCACCGUCUCCGUGCUGGUGAAGAAAACGUGGAAGUGUGGCUACGUGGAGUGUUCAGCGAAGUUCAACUGGCACGUUCUCCUGCUCUUCAAAGAGCUGCUGGGCAUUGCAGUGGCACGAGGACUCCGCCAUAACCACGCCUCCAUCCGCCUGCAGGGGGCGCUGCACACAAACCACUGCUCCGUCAUGUGA